AUGGAUAUCAACCAGGUGUUGGAGGGGACAUUGUCUGCUGAUGCCACCACCCGUCAGAACGCCGAGCAGCAGCUUACCCAGGCCGCCGACUCCGACUUUUCUCAGUACCUUUCCAUCCUUGGCGGACAGCUUGCAGACGAAAAUGCCCAAGCACACAUUCGAACCGCCGCCGCUCUGGCGCUGAAGAAUGCUUUCACAGCCCGCGAAUAUGCCAGAUUACGUCAGGUUCAGGAAAGGUGGAUCAACUUAGACCCUCAGAUCAAGCAGGAAGUCAAGCAGCUGGCUCUCCGUACAUUGACUACGCCUAACAAGCAAGUCGGUACCACUGUUGCCCAACUCAUUGCCUCCAUCGCUGCGAUCGAACUACCCCGCAACCAAUGGCCGGAGCUUAUGCAAACCCUCGUCGAGAAUGUCGGCCAGGGCAACGACAGCCAGAAACAAUCCUCGCUGACUACGAUCGGUUACAUUUGCGACACCGAUGAUAUCGAUUUGAGGGAUGCAUUGGCACACCACUCCAACGCUAUUCUGACAGCCGUUGUGCAGGGUGCUCGCAAGGAAGAGACAAAUCCCGAUGUCCGUGUGGCAGCCAUCCAGGCUCUCAGCGACUCGAUCGAGUUCGUGCGAUCGAACUUCGAGAACGAGGGCGAGCGCAACUACAUCAUGCAGGUCAUCUGCGAGGCUACACAGGCGGAUGACACACGGAUUCAGCAAGGAUCGUAUGGAUGUCUCAAUCGCAUCAUGGGUCUUUACUACGAUAAGAUGCGCUUCUACAUGGAGAAGGCUCUGUUCGGUCUCACAAUUCAGGGUAUGAAGAGCGACGAGGAGGAUGUUGCCAAGCUUGCUGUUGAGUUCUGGUGCACAGUCUGCGAGGAGGAAAUCGCGAUCGAGGACGACAACACACAAGCGCAGACUGAGGGGUCUACUGAGUUGCGCGAUUACUUCAACUUUGCCCGUGUCGCCACACAAGAGGUCGUUCCUGUCCUGCUUGAGCUUAUGGCGAAGCAGGACGAGGAUGCCGAUGACAACGAAUACAACACAUCGCGCGCGGCCUACCAGUGUCUGCAGCUGUGGGCACAGUGUGUUGGCAGUGCUGUCAUGCCUCCCGUCCUUACGUUCAUUGAGAAGCACAUUCGCUCGGAAGACUGGCACUACAGGGAUGCUUCCGUUUCCGCUUUCGGUGCGAUCAUGGAGGGUCCCGAGGAGCACGUAUUGGAUCCCAUUGUCAAGCAGGCUUUGCCCACCCUUAUUGGCAUGAUGGACGACCAGAACAUCCACGUCAAGGACUCGGCUGCGUAUGCAUUGGGCCGUAUUUGCGAGGCUGUUCCGGGUGCUCUCGAUGCUCAGCAGCAUCUUCCUCCUCUGAUUGGCGCUCUUUUCAACGGUCUUUCCAGCAAUCCCAAGAUGGCUACAUCUUGCUGUUGGUCACUGAUGAACUUGGCUGACAGGUUCGCCGGCGAGCCCGGAUGCCAGAACAACCCACUCUCCGCUCACUUUGCUCAAAGUGUGCAGCACCUCCUUCAGGUUACCGAGAGGGGUGAUGCCGACAACCAGCUCAGGACUGCCGCGUACGAGGUACUCAACUCCUUUGUCACAAACGCGGCAGCUGACAGUGUUCCUCUUGUCAACGAGCUGUCCAACGUCAUCCUGGAGCGUCUCGAGAAGUCGAUCAACCUUCAGUCCCAGGUCGUCAGCGUUGAGGAUAAGCUUACCCUUGAAGAGAUGCAGACGAGUCUGGCCAGCGUUGUCAUGGCGAUUGUCCAGCGUCUGGAAAGCGACAUCAGGCCUCAGGCCGAUCGCAUUAUGCAGAUCCUGCUCGGAACCUUGUCUUCCCUCCCACCCAAGUCGAGUGUCCCUGACACAGUUUUCGCUGCUAUUGCAUCUAUUGCUACUGCACUUGACGACGACUUCCAGAAGUACAUGGAGGCUUUCUCUCCUUACUUGUACAAUGCUCUGAACAACCAAGAGGAGCCUGCCUUGUGCUCCGUUGCUAUUGGCCUUGUUUCUGACAUUACACGCUCGCUACAGGACAAGGUUCAGCCUUACUGUGAUGCCUUCAUGAACUCUCUACUCAACAACCUCCGGAGCCCUGCCCUCGGCAACCAGCUUAAGCCUGCGAUUCUGCAGUGCUUCGGUGAUAUUGCACAUGCCAUCGGUGGCGCAUUCGAGACAUACCUGGCCGUUGUGGCUCAGGUACUCCAGCAGGCUGGUCAAGUCACAUUGACCACCGAGAACAACUACGAGAUGAUCGACUACAUCACGUCGCUGAGGGAAGGUAUUCUCGAUGCUUGGGAUGGUGCCAUCAACGCCAUGAAGGCAAGCAACAAGAGUAACCUCCUUGUUCCCUUCCUCGACUCGAUCUUCGAGCUGCUCCGCACAAUCCAACAGGACCCAAACAGGACCGAGGGUCUCCUCAGAUCUGCUUGCGGUGUCAUUGGCGAUUUGGCCGAUACCUUCCAGAAUGGUGAAGUCAGGGAGUACUUCCGUCAUGACUUCCUCACGGCAAUGACAAGGGAGACCAGGGCAAACCAGGACUUCAGCGGACGCACGCGUGAUACCGCGCGCUGGGCCCGUGAGCAGAUCAAGCGUCAAAUUGGUAAGUAG